UCUGCGACACCAUUUGAUAUUGGGAUAUUUGAUGCCACACGCACAAGUCAAAACGACGAAAAGGCCCUCGGAAUUUUCUAGAAUUUCAUAUUCCUCAUCAUACAAACCCUAGAUAGAAUCUCUACGCGCGAUCGAUUUCCCUAGCACUUCGAUCGUAUUCCACUACGUGAUUAACAAAUUCUUAUCAAUUUUUGGUGAAAAAUGACAGCUUUAUAAGAUUUGAUCUGACGGAAGUUCGAAUUAUAGCUGUGGAAUGGGCAGAAGUAGUGUAUUAGCGGUAAUUUUCACAUUAUUAAUCGUUUCAGCAACUUCAAACGCAACAUUAUUCAAUUCCAGGAAGUUAGUUGAUUUGGCUCCUACACAAAGCAACAAUUCUUCUUCUGAACAGAUUUCAGAUUCAAAUACUCCCGUUGAGGGUGAAAAGGAAGUUAAUGCCAGCAAAAUUAGUCAUAACAAACCUGAAAUUGGAAAAGAGAAGCCUGAAAAUCCUGAAGGAAGUAAUGAUCCACCAAAACCUCCGCUGGAGGAACUGAAUUCAACUAAAGUCAAUGAUGGGAGCUCAGUAACUGAAAAACAAAAGCCUAAAGAUCCUCAGGUAAGAAACGAUUCACCUAAAGAUUCAGUGGACCAGAAUUCAACUACGGUCAAUGAUGGAAGUCCGAUAGCUGAAAGCAAACAGCCUAAUGAUGCUCAAGGAAGCACUGAUCCAUCAAAACUCAACCCAAAGGAACCAAAUUCCACUGUAGUGGAUGGUGGGAGCUCUAAAGGUGAAAAAGAGAAGCCUAAGGAUCCUCAGCCUCAGGGAAGCACUGACUCACAUAAAUUGGAUAAGGAUCACCCUAAAAGUGAUAACAGCACGGCUGCUGAAAGCCCUCCACCUGCUGAGAAGAAGGAGACUGAAGAAAAGAAGAACUUAGAUGAUAAAAUAAACUCGGAAGUGAACACUAACGAAAGCUGUCAGGGGGCUACUAAAAUGUGCAGGGUUGAACAAACACUGAUUGCCUGCAUUCAAAAUCCCCAGAAUGGAUCUGCUGGAUUGUUCCUUGUUGUGCAAAAUGAAGGGGAAAAAAGAGUGAAAGUAAAUAUCAGUAUCCAACCUCAUCUGGACAGUUCUCCACAAGCUAUUAAACUAUCAAAACAUCAGUCAGAAAAGAUUGAUAUCUCAUCAAUCAUGGGCAAAGGUUCUGAAAUAGUGCUGAAUGCUGGAGAUGGUAGUUGCAGGCUUCAAUUGGACCGCCGUGUCUCUAUGGAUAACAUUCUGCAGCAGGUGUCUCUUUAUUGUAAGCGUGUGACCCCUGUCUAUGGUGCAUACUUCCUUUUUCUUGUAACCCUACUUUUUGGUGGGACAUGGGCUUGCUGCAAGCUAAGGAAGAAGAGACAUCAAGAUGGAGUUCCAUAUCAGGAAUUAGAGAUGGGAGUAGCAGAAUCUGCCUCAGCUACAAAUGUUGUUACAGCAGAUGGUUGGGAUGAGGAUUGGGAUGACGAUUGGGAUGAGGAGAAUGCAGUGAAGUCACCAGGUGGACAUACUUAUGGGAAUAUCUCUGCUAAUGGCCUCACGUCUAGGUCUUCUAAAAAAGAUGGAUGGGAAAAUGACUGGGAUGAUUAGUUAUAGAAUAUCCAAGAAAAAGAAAAAAGUUUUUUUGUUUUGUUACAGGAGGUACAUACACCACGGAAGAGCUAAACAACGUGUAAAGACCUUUAUGUAAUUUAAAUCUCAGUUUUUUUUGUUUUUACCAAUUUGGAUAUUCUUUCUCUUAGCAUUCUUUUGACAGAAGGUUUUGGUUCUAGAUAUGUUGUUACAUAUGUAUUUUCAUUGUUGAAACGAGUUUUGUACACGAUUUCAAGUGAUCCUUUAAUUGAAGUGCAAUAUAGCAAAUUAUACCUACUUGCUCAA